AGUCCACUCCCCCUGGCUAUUGCUGCUGCUGCUGCUUUGCCUGUCUCUUGCAGCAGCCAUGGCUCUGGUGGGCAAAGGCAGCUGGCCAUUGCGCUUUGCUGCCGCCUUGUGGCUGGGCUGUGCAACUGCCCCAGGGGGAGCCCUGCUGGGAAAGGGGCCACUGAGCCCCACAUUGACCAGGGACCCCCAAAAACUGGGGGCCAGGGCCUUGCAGGAAGGGGCCACUCCCCACCCAAGGGUGCUGGGCUUCCGCCUGGAGGAGGGUGCCACGGCCGUUGGGGGGCUGGUGCGGGCCACGCCGGGGGCCACAUUCCGCUUAAGACUCUAUGGCACCGGCCUCAGCAACCACAGUUGGCCCUGGGUGGCCUUCGUCCCAGCGGAGACCCCCUGUGCCAUCCCAAGCGGGGGUCCGUCCGUUGCGCCCAUCGCCGCCGAGGAACUCCUUGUCCAUGAAGUCCACCCCGUCGGGGACCACGCCGCAUUGGUGACCAUCAAAGUGGCCCCAGCGGUCAGCCGUGGACGGUACCGACUCUGCAGUCCGGCUGGACCCGGGCACGCGUGGGCGCCAGCCGCCCCUGGGGAUGCCAUCUUGGUGACGGAAGACGAAGGUGGAGGCGGGCGAGUGGCCGCAGUGGCGCUGCCCCCACCCUUGGCGCCUUGGUUGCUGGGCACUCUAGUGGCCUUGCUCUUGGCCCUGCUGGCAUUGCUCCGGACCUUGCAGCUGGGCACAUUGUGGCUGGACCCUGUGGAGCUGUAUGUCUUGCGCGACUGUGGCUCAGAGUCAGAACGAGAGGCGUCGAAAACGCUAGAGCCAGUGCGCCAACGGGGGACCUUCGUCCUGUGCUCUCUGUUGCUCUUGAGCUCCUUGGCCAAUGCCGCUUUGGCGGUGCUAUUCUACCGUGCCGUGGGGCUGUUGGCACCAGCCAUCUUCGGUGUGGCUGGCUUGGUCUUCCUUCUGGCGGAGGUGCUGCCCUUUGUGGUGAGUUCGCGCUGGGGUCUUUUGUUGGCCCCGCGAGGGCUUUGGCUGACCCAGCUCUGCAUGCUGUUGACAUUCCCCAUCUCCUUGCCUCUCAGCAAAGUGUUGGAGCUGGCCUUGCGCCACGACACCAGCACCUGCCUCUUGCGGGAGAAGAUCCUGGACAUGGUGCGCAACAGCGACCCGUACAACGAGUUUGUGCGGGAGGAGUUCAGCAAGGGGGCCCUGCGGAACAAGACUGUCGAGGACGUCCUGACGCCGCUGGACGAGUGCUUCAUGCUCAACGCCAAUGCCGUCCUGGACUUCAACAACAUGUCCACCAUCAUGCAGAGCGGCUACACCCGCAUCCCCGUCUAUGAGGACGAGCGCACCAACCUGGUGGACAUGCUCUAUGUCAAGGACCUGGCCAUGGUGGACCCGGACGACUGCACCCCGCUCAGCACCAUCAUCAAGUUCUACAACCACCCACUCCACUUCGUCUUCAACGACACCAAGCUGGACGCUGUGCUGGAGGAAUUCAAGCGAGGGGACAACAAAUUGAAGAAGAAACCAGCUCCGCUCGGGACCAUGAUGGAUCGCAGGAAAGAAGACUUUUCUUUGUUCAAAGUGUCUGAUAAUGAGUCCAAAGUGAAAAUCUCCCCGCAGCUGCUCCUCGCUACGCAGCGCUUCUUAUCCAGAGAGGUGGAUCUUUUCAGUCCAGCUCGAAUCUCCGAAAAGGUCCUCUUGCAUCUGCUGAAGCACCCCAGUGUCAACCAGGAGGUGAAGUUUGAUGAGAGCAACCGUAUGGCCGCCGACCACUACUUGUACCAGCGCAACCAGCCGGUCAAUUACUUCAUCCUUAUCCUGCAGGGCAGGGUCGAAGUCGAGAUCGGCAAAGAGGGGCUGAAGUUUGAGAAUGGGGCCUUCACAUAUUACGGCGUCUCCGCACUGACAGCUCCUUCUUCAGUGCAUCAGUCCCCAGUGUCCACGCUCCGAAUGAACCGCCGUGAUCAGUCGUCACUCGAAUGCACAGAGACCACCAACUACUCUGCCUACUGUCCUGACUACACCGUCCGGGCUCUCACUGACUUGCAGUUCAUCAAGGUGACCCGGCUGCAGUAUCUCAAUGCGCUCAUGGCCUCAAGGAUACAGAACUCCCCCCAGUCACCCGACAACAUUGAACUGAAGAUCAUCCCCAGCAGCCAGACGAAGCUCCUGAAUGACAAAAACGCUGCGGCAGGAACGACGAGACCAAGGAGCAAAGAAAGCAGCUCUUCCUUUUUUCAACCAACUGCAGAGUUUUGUCUAGAGAAGCAAUGUAUCAUUUCAGGUAAAUGAUUUGUAACCUGCCUCUUCGGUUUGUAGACUCUGCCAGGAAACUGUACCUUUGCAUGGAAUAGUCCUAGACGCCUGCAUCUGUUUAUAAGCUAACUAGUUUGUAAGGAGUGAUGGGGUCUGCCAACCCUAGAGGAACCUUUUCUUUCUUUGGAAAAUAGGAUGAGUGUCAGAGCAAGAGGAAUUUGAAAUCUCAUGUCUUUCCUCUUGCUACUUACGUUACAUGCAACUCUUGGGAGCACCACGGAUGGUUAUUUCUUUUAGCAAUGACAGUGAGUUUUUGCUAGGCACAGUGUAGUCGCCACUUCGGGGUCUUUUCGGGGUAUUUUCUCAUUCUGUCUUGCUGCAUCAUUUUUUGUUAGUUUGAUUCAAGCCAUUCCUGACCUAGAAUCCUGUUUAUGAUGCAUAUUUCUGUCCUCUGUGGUUACACAGCCUAUGUCCCUUUCUUAGGUGUUGUGUGAAGAGUAUUCCUUCCCUUCUUCCUGAAGGCAGCUUUCAAGCCCUGGUGGGCACUGCCAACAGUCCUUUAUUGGAGGGGAAUUAGGAGGUGUCCGGGAGCAACUUGGUAGACAGAACAACUCAGGUUGCCCUCACAGCUCUCUAGUGAGUUCAGACUUAAUUGCUAGAGAUUUGGGCCUUGUCUGCAUGGGCCAAAUGACACUUCUGCUCCAGAUUCCCACAGCAAUCGGUCCGGACAACGCAGGGCCCAAACCCCAGUUCUGGUGUAAACUGGACAAUCUGUGCCCAGUUCAGCACUGACCCCAAGGUAUGGUUGUUAUGUGCCUUCAAGUCAUUUCUGACUUAUGGCAACCCUAAGGCGGACCUAUCAUGGGGCAUUCUUGGUAUACCAAGGUAUACCACCCUUAAAACGGAUUUGUAAGGGUCACCUUUUGCUCUGGAUCUCCUAGGAAAGUGACGCCAGGCGGCUGUUUACAAUGCAUCCUGCUGCACCAGAUGCUGGCCCAAGUUGCUCUCUCUGACCAAGACAAAGCACCCAGGGUCAGUCACACGGCUGGGCACCUUGCUCUAACCUCAGAGGACAUGACCGGAGGUGACGGGAGUCAGCACAAUGGGAUACAUCUGCAAACAGCUGCCUGGUGUGUGCCAGGUAACAGGAACACUGGGCCAGCUUUGGGGCCAGAAUAGUUUGGGCUGCUCCCAGAGUAUUCUGGCCCAUGCAGACAUAUCUGUGGUCUUCCACUGUAUCUUUUGAGCAUUUGAAGACCUGUCUCUUGUUUCUCCAGGGGAUUGCAUUGGAUGAUCCUCUUUUUCUUUUCUUUUGCGCUACCUGCAAUCUGCAAUCCAAUCCCUCCUCAGCUUCUAAUACUUUCCCCUUCGCCCCAUCGAUGUAGGCUACAAAACAGAGUUGUUUUUUAAACAUUGGGCUUGAAUGAGUUUAUGUCCUGGCAGAGAAGAGAGAGAAGGGAUUUCAGGAGCAGCCCUUUGCUGAAACGCAAACAAAGACAAUCUUUGAUAACCAUGCUUCAAAG